GCCUAAUACUGUUAACAAUAAUUGUCUGGCAUUUAAUUUUAGUCAAUUCCUGUCUAAUAUAUUCACCCCUAUGUUUCUUGGCUUCAAAACUAAAUCAACUGAUCCUAAACCAUAUGAAUUGGAAAGGGAUUCAAAAAGAGUGACUGAACAAGAAUUAACACAUUUAAACCAUAAAAUUGAUAAAUUGCUUCUUAAGUUAGAAGAUGAGACGGACCAGCAAUUGGCGACAUCACCGGAUGAAGAGUGUGUUAUAUGCAUCAGUUCUGUGGCUACGAUGCAGACCUAUCCUUGUGGUCAUAGAGUUGUUUGUCGUAAAUGUUUUGUUAAAACAAUUCAAAUGGUUGUCAGUCAGCGAAUGCUUCCCUUACGGUGUGUUAUUUGUCGGUCAAAAAUAUUAAGACUUAAACAAACGACUCGCGGAGGUCUCAACACCGGACAUGUGUUAAGAACUGGUCGUAAUUAUGUCAAUACAAACCCAUUCUAUAUCUCUCCGGCCAGUAGUCCCGUCUCACCCGUCACUGAAGUAUUUCGUGAACAGAGAGCCGUUUUUGUUAGACAUUACGUUGAGUUUGGUUACGAUCCCAAUGGACAAAGUCCUGUGUCAAGUCCUUGUGAGGCCUAUUCAAGAUCGGGUGGAUCUAAUUGUGUGCUCCAUAAGCAUUGUAUUGAUAAUACUACUAAAGCCAAAUCUACAGAAUUAUCACCAAAUUGUUCUUCAUCUUCAAGUUUGCCAAAUACAUUGAGUUCCUCUAUAGACAACUGUUCCUCUAAAUCCAAUGCAACAUCAUUUCAAUGGGAGUUCAAUCGUAAGCGAAAAUAUAGCCGAAGUCUUCAUCGACACCGGCGUUCAUCUAAAACUGGUUCGAGAAGUGGUACUUCGCGACCAAAUUCUCUACUUUUGCCAAUUGAUGAAACUGAAGAACUUCAAGAAUUAUCAUCAAAUACUGAUGAAUCGAUAGAAACUUCUAAAAGUAAAGUUACUUCUUCAGCAUCUUUUUCAUCAUCUUCUUCAUCAUCCAUAGAGAAUGUUGAAAGCGAUGAUAUCUGUCCAAACAUUUUGCAACCAACUAAUCAUUCAUCAUCCCUGUCCUCACGAUUGAGUGACACUUGGAUUAAAGCAAAAAAGUGGAUAAAAAGGGAAAAAGUGCACAAAGAAAGUGAGACCUAA